AUGGAUACUUCAAGUCCAGCUGUAUUUGUGAAUGGGGAGUUGUUGAGACGGUACGUUGGUCAGAAAGUGAGAGCGGUGGUUCAAGUGAUCCGGUCAGAGAGUGGAUCAGUGAUUGGGAAAUCGACUGAUGAUCAGCAGAUUGUGGUGAAGGGCUCGCCUCCUUCUUCGCCUCUAACUACUUACCUUGAGGUGAUAGGAAUCGCUGACAGUGAGAACAGUAUUCGAGCUGAAGUUUGGACCAACUUUGGGGAUAACUUCGAUGCACAGAACUACAAUGAACUAUGUAAGCUCGCAAAUGAAGAAGAAAUCAGUGUAGAGACACAGACACCAGCCUUGGCAAAAGAUAGUAGAGAAGCAAUGACUGAGUUACAGAUGGAGGUAGAGACAACCGAUCCUUCUCCGCAGGAGCCUCUCCCGAAGCCUCAGUUCAUGUACAGAUGCAAGAAGUGCAGAAGAAUAGUGGCUAUUGAGGAAAACAUAGUCCCACAUGAACCAGGGAAAGGCGAAGAAUGCUUUGCUUGGAAAAAGAGAAGCGGAAACCCCGAACAUGUCCAAUGCUCCUCCAUCUUCGUCGAGCCUAUGAAAUGGAUGCAAUCAAUUCAUGAUGGAACUGUUGAAGAGAAGCUUCUUUGUUUGGGGUGUAACGCCAGGUUAGGUUAUUUCAACUGGGCUGGUAUGCAAUGUAGCUGCGGUGCUUGGGUUAAUCCCGCUUUCCAGCUCCAGAAAAGCCGAAUCGACGAGUGUAAGUCCGACCCAAACCCGAACCCGAAUCCGGAAUCUGUAUGA